AUGGUGAGCCGCUUCCCAGGAUCUGCCUACCAGCUUUGGCCUCUCUUCAGCGCCUCCAUUUUCCUGCACCCCUUCGAACUGGCCGGCUAUGACUCGGUGCAUUGCCAUGAGUCCCAGCUGGAGCGGAUGAAGAAGCAGUUCCCCUCCAAGACCAUCUACACCGCCAAAGAUGACGUCUCGCGGAAGUUGCCCUUCCUCCUCUCGCAGUCCGCGAUUCUAGCGCCAUACACAGGGCUCGAGACCAAGGACUCGCUGCGGACCUUCCCCUUGGAGCAAACACCUCUCUACACGGGCACGGUGAGCAAGAUUGGGCAUGGCUUGGGGGAUUUGCUGCUGGAACCCUUCGCCUGGGAUUCGAAGAUGCUGAACCCCUGGAAUGAAAGCAACCCGGAGCUCUCGUUCCUUCGACAGAAUGUGGGCAGGGUGCAGUUGAACCGCGGCUGGGUGAACUUCGGGGAUUUGGCCACGUGGCAGGGCGUGGCCACGGCCUAUGUGGCGGACUUUCAGAUCCGGACCUGGGCCGACAGGAUUCCGCACUGUUUGAUCGCGGAGGGAGAGAAGCUCCUGCCGCAUGCUGAGAUUUGGUCUCCCCUGGCUCCUUGGCCGAAAUUGGGUCGGAGGAGCUACGAGCAAGCUGUGGGUGAUGCCGGCAUCUAUGAUGAUGUGGGCCACAUCCCCUUGUUGAGGAGGAAAGUCAUGUAUGUCCUGGCCGCCUUUGGGCAACCAGGAUGUUUGGAUCCGCCCAACCCCCCUGGCGCCUCCAAUCCCAAGAUGGAGGCGAAGCCGUCGUCACCGACGUGA